UCGAGCGAGAGUGCAAGUAUGCGCGUGUGUGCCUAGCGGUGUGUGCUUCUACGAGUGCAUCUCGAGUGCGUCUCUCUCGCGGCGACGACGACGUCGCCAUACGGUACAGCUACGACGUCGACGAGGAGGAGAACGAGAGGCGAACGAAGAACGACGUGGUGACGUAGAGGACGACGCGUUAUCAGCGUCUCUCGGUCAUCGCUGCUGACUCAGCCGGAUCUCGCGCGGAGAAAAAAGUGGCGCGGAGGGUGCACGACAGAGAAAAAGAGAGGGAGGGAGCUGUGAGAAGCACCGGCUAAGCUGCUGGUGUACACGCGAUCAGGAUGCGACCGAGGAGUGACACCGUUACAUCGAUCGUAUACCGAGAUCCCCGAAGACACGACCUCGAUAUCGAGAGCUCAUUAGCCUAAGGAGCCGAAAGAAUUCCUCUCCCGGGGGUACGGAGUAACCUCAGGAAGGAGACAGCUAACGGCAGACGCGCGCGCGGAAACGCCACCGAAGGUGGGCCAGUGCAGAGCUUCGCGGAGGGUGCCUGAUACUUGGCAGCGAGAAGAUCGCGAAGAAGGUGAAGGGUAAAAGCAUCUAAGGGCGGGUGAGGGGAUGCAGCUCGAAAGGGUGGCGGCAUGGAGGAGCCCUCGUUGGAGGCUCUCAUGCAGGCGAGCCUUAUCUUCGUGGUUGGCGUCGCCAUCAUCCUCUCGAAUUUAUUCAUCAUUGUCACUUACCUCAACUUCCGCGGUCCCUCCGAGGUGAUAAACUACUACUUGCUAUCGCUCGCCUCUGCAGAUCUUCUUUUUGGUCUGUUGGUGGUUCCUUUCUCGGUGUACCCGGCGCUGGUGGGAAGAUGGGUCUACGGAGACAUUGUGUGCCGACUGGUCGGUUAUCUGGAGGUCACCCUCUGGGCUAUAUCGGUGUACACUUUUAUGUGGAUCUCCGUGGAUCGUUAUCUGGCUAUCAGGAAACCGCUGAGGUACGAGACCGUACAGACGAAGACUCGAUGCCAAUGCUGGAUGGUUUUCACGUGGAUCAGCGUGGCGAUGAUGUGUUGCCCGCCCUUGCUCGGCUUCAACAAGCCGAUCUUCGACCGCGAGGCCUUCAUCUGUAUGCUCGACUGGGGCAACAUGGCCGCGUACACCGUCACGCUGUCCAUCCUCGUGCUGGGGCCGUCGGUAAUCACAAUCGUCUACACGUACUUCUACGUCUUCUCCGUGAAAAUGCGGAUGAAGUCCGGCGUGCUAAUCCACGACAAGGAGUACGCCACCGCGCUAUCGGAAAACCUGAGCAAUCCAAGCCACAACAUGUCCUUCGUCCUGGUGUUGAUUUUCUGGCUGUCAUGGGCGCCGUGCGCCGGGUUAAGGAUAUACACGCUCCUUUACGGCCCUCCUCAGGUGCCGUUUCUGCACUUUGCCGUGGUGUGGCUGGGAAUUGCAAACAGCUUCUGGAAGGUGAUCGUUCUCUGCACCCUGAGUCCCCAGUUUCGGCUGGCUGCGCGAGUGCUCUGUCUCACCGUGUUCUGCCGGCACAGGCGGCUUCCGCCGGAGCUCCUCGGCCUCGACGACGACGACUAACGCAACAUCGACUACGUCUACGAACAGCAGCGCUUCUACGUUACGUUCUACUACUUUAACCGCGGCGCCUACCUUAGAGCGUCGUUUUUGUCUCUUCUAUUUAAGGGUCGUCUUCGCGUCUCGGCACCGUUCGCAACGCUACUCUCUCCGUAACUUCGCGCUCGUGGUUCGCACAAACGAACGAGGAUCGCGGUUCCGCGGGUGUCCGCUUUCGGUUCUGGUAGUCGGAAAGUGAAGAGACCACUCGAGCGGAAAUACGAGAUGAUACGACACCGAACGAUGAGCAACCAGAUCCCAUCGUGAGGGUACCGUUUUGUAUACACAAAAGAAAAUAUUCGAUUUCCAUUAGAUUAAUAGAAAGUGCUGGAUUUUCAAGUAGAUAAUUACUACAAUACUCCUUGGCAAAUUUUUACUUGGAUUAAUCUUUCGUUAGUCGCAGUGUCCAAUAGAUACAGGCUACAAUAUAUCACCGUUGCUGUACGACUUCAAGAUCAAAUUUGUCCUUGUCAAUGUUUUUCCCUCUUCUCUUUGUUCUCCAUUGUUUUUUGUGUUCUUUAGCGCGUGCUAAAGAACAUAAAAUUUUUCCUUCAUUAGCACCCGGCCGGGUGCUAAUGAAGGAAAAAUUCUUUCAAGAAGCAGAGGGAAGUAAUGGGUAAAUUAGUGUAUCUGUGAGAUACAUUGCAACUAUUCAUGAAAAAUCUUGCAAUUAACGGAAGAUUAAGCAAAUCUUAUUUGGAUCAAGUAAACAUAUGUUACUCGAUCCGCGUAAAAAUUCGCUGAGAAAUAUUGGAGUAAUUAUUCACUCGAAUCUAGCACUUUUUUCUCUGCGUUUCUUUGCGCGUUCUUCUCCCGGGGGGAAGAAUAUAUCAAUAUAUUGUCCGCUUGUUCCGACUAUGAAAACGAGAGAAAUUGCUAUCCAAGCUACCGAAUACUCAGUCACCCGGCUAAUUUUCGCGACGGAAACAUAUCAGCGCAUCGCCGCGCCGCGGCGCGAAGCGGAAACGAGCGGCGAGCGGUGCCUCGAGAGUCUUGCGAGACACAUUGCUGGCGGAAUUAGGCGACUCCGCUGACGCGCGCGUCCAUUUCUCUAAAAAUUAAAAAAACAGAAUAAUCUCGCUUCGCUCAAACACGCUAGAGUCCGUUAAUUAGAGUCCCGUCUUGACCGGGAUGACUUUCUGCGUCGUCGCACGUGAGAAAUAAAACGAAGAAACGCAAUGCGCGUCGCUCCGCGGUAUUUGACUACUAAUCGUCGCCUAGUCUACGUCGUAAGACCACGCUCAAUAAGUGUCGUAGAAUAUUAUGCGAAAAAAAGAAACAAAAAAAUAUAGAAGAGAACAAACGAGAGUUACCGAUGAUUGUCGCGCGAGCGGGCCGCAGAUCUUCAAAUCGUCAAACUGAUCCCAUUAAACGACACAUUACGCCGGAAUUGAUGCAGGGAGAGAAAUCUAGUCAAUUAAUGGAGAUGCCUCUACGAAUGUGACGCGUCGUCGGCGACGAGGUCUGCGUCGUUGAAGUGUCGUGCCCGUAGAACGUCCUCGACGGAUAUAAGAAUCGAGUGCCGAGCGUGCGGACGUUUGCGCCUUUUUUUUAACGUUCUUCUUCUCUCACAUCCGUGACGCGGCCGGCUCUCCCUUUCUCGCGCCUUCUUUUUCUCAUCAAGGACGGAUCCUCCAUCCAGCUUGACCGGAAAGAGAAGGUGUGCGUGCGCGUGCACGUGUGUGUAUGCGUGCGUGUGUACAUGUAUGCAUGUGCCCUUUUCGGAGUCUAGUUGGGCUCUCGUUAGCUUUCUCGACGUGCUGGGUCAACAGGAGUACCUUCGUCCCUCUCCCCCCACCGAUCAAAUCAAAAUGUCGUCGUUUAAUCUAAUUCUUAAUCCAGAUCAUGCGAGUUUUACGGGCAUCCUGACUCGACGCCCGCUGUAAGCUUUAUUACUAAUCUUGUACAAAGCGCUAUAUACAAAAAUCGGCUAGUUGCGACUUUUUUGCAUGAAAGCGUAAACUAUUGCGUCCAAUUUUCGCAGGUCUAUGUGAACUAUGACGACUCGAGGCGCAAUUUCGAAUGAAAACUACGAGCAAAGAUAAUAUUCGAGAGAGAGAGAGAGAGAGAGAGAGAGAGAGAGAGAGAGAGAGAGAGAGAGAAAGAAAGAAACAGGAAAUUUUUACUGGAGCUAGAACUGGAAUCGAAAUAUCUGAGGGAAAUGCAGAUGAGUCGAGAGAGAGAGAGAGAGAGAGAGAGAAUAUUGGUCAAUGUUGAGUCAAAAUAACGCCAAUGAAGUGUGCUAAGGAGAACAUGUAUGUGUCGGAGGUGUGGGGAAUGCGCGAUAGAAAGACAGACCUUUUGAAUGUUUCUCAUGACUUAUGGCGCAAUCAGCAAAUGCGACCGCAAGACUCGACGAACUCGCCAAUUCGCUUCUUUUGACGUUAACGAUUCUGACUUUCUUAUAAUUUGUAAAAUUGAAACUUAUUGUUUGAAAAUCACGAAGAUCGCGGCGAUCUCGACGUGCGAGUUCAUUUAAUACUGAACCGCGGGGUCACUUUUGACCCCACUCGUACUCUCUUAAGUUGAAUCAGUGAAAAUGUCACUAAUUGAAUCAAUGAAACAGAAUUCUACUGAUAAUCAGUGAGUAUUCACUAAUUUUUAGUAGAAGCUUUUCCACUCUUUCAUCUAAUACUUUGGCUAGUAAAAGAUUCACUGUAAAUCGUUAUUACGUUUUGCAUAGGGGAAAUAUAUGUACAUAUCGUAUAUGCAUUCAACUAUAUAUCGUAUUUGACGUAGUUAGUAUAAUAGCAGGCGCUCAAGAGCUAAAGGUUUUCGAGUUUGAGUCCCAUCAGGAAAAACGCGUUUUAAAUGCGAUAUAAAUUAAAUCAAUUAAACAUAAUUAAGAAUAUUUCAAACAAAAUCAUUGACAAUACCUUAAGAGUGGGAUUAAUAUAAUAAAAAUGAAGUAAUAAAUAAUAUCUAUUUUGACUGUUUCCGCAAUUAAAUAUCUCCGAUGGAAACGGUUGCUGCUAUUAACAAACUUUUGCAGGGAAAUUUUAUUAAUUUUCAAUGCUAUACUUAUGAGUAUUGCUCUGAAAAUGAGGAAAAUUUCAUUGUUGUAACUACAAGGCGUUUGAGAAGUUUUGCACAACGACUCUAAAUUGUAGAUCAUAAAUAAAUAAAAUUAACUUUUCAUUUACACUAAUAAAUAGGAUCAUGCAUAAUCGAGCCUGAUGGCGUUUCAUAUUUUUUAUUUAUUUUAGAAAAUGAGCGAUCGAGAAAAAUUUCAUAUUGUAAUUGAUUUUUGCGUAAGACUUGGCGAUGAUCUGCCUGAAAUCAUUUCCAAACUUCAAAAGGUUUAUAGAUCCAAAUAUCCACAUUGUUCUACGAUAUCCAGAUGGUUUCACUACUUACUUCAAGCAAGCUGAAAGACUAUAAAAGACUCAACCAGAAGUAGACAAUCUCUUAAUUCGUUUAAUUCAAGGCUAUUCGAUCAUCUCGUAUGAGUUAAACAAGACUCUAAAAUUUCUCACUAUUAGUAUUAGCUGGUAUUCUUUAAGGAAACAAAAGGAUAUGUUUCAAAUUUGAUUUAAAUGCCUUUUAAACAUGAAAGAGUCAAUGCAAAGUAGGUACCUAAGAUUUUGACCGAAGUUCAAAAAAAAGCUCGCGUUUAAAAUGCAACAAUUAUUUUCAAUGAAUUCAAAAACAAUUAGAGCUCUUUGGUUGACAAUCUAAUAACUGUGGAUGAGACUUGGGUGUAUAAUGAAUCGAAUUUGACUGAUCGAAACUGAGAACAGCUGGUGAAUGGUAAUUGCUGGGAAAAGCACCUCCUCAGAUUAGUUAUAUCAAAAACAAUCCCAAAAAAUUGUGACUAUUGUAUUAUGGAAUUCGAAAGGGAUGUUGCUUAUCAAUCUGAAAACGAGUCGUUCCAUCAAUGCUGAAUAUUACUGCCAAUUAUUAGAGAUAGUCCGACCAAAAAUUUCAAAAGGCAGAAGAAACAAGAUGAUUUUUUUUAAUCAAAAUCAAUGACAAAAUCAAAAUCAAUGACAAUUGUCAUGCUGCAAAGAUGGUACACUCGGUCACAGAACGGUUGCAACAGUUUUUAUUUCUCAUAUUUCCGAACACACAAAAAUUAUGACGAAGCGAACCUAUGAAUUGACGAUCAUGCGCAAUAGAUGAUCUGACAGCUGUCAAAUUACAUAUACAAGGUGUAAACAUAAAGAUAAGUAAUAGAGCGAUAUAUUAGUUACACAUGCUUUAAUACAGGAAAAUUAAGAUUGAAAAAUUGGAAUUAUAUUUAUAAAUUAUAUCGCAUUUUCGGAUGUUAAAUACACGUAAACUUAACGAAUUCCAAAAACAAUCCCAAGAAAAGUUUUCUUUGUUAGUGUGAUUGUUCCUGCUUUAAGCAACAUUGGAUUGAUGCAAUAUUUUAUUAUUAUUACGCUUUCCCUUCCUCUUGAGUUUCUUUGAUAAUAAUUUUGCAGCAAGCCUUUCAUAUGCAGCAAACUGACUGUUUUCGGAUUGUUUUUGGAAUUCAUUGAGUUUACGCGUAUUUAACAUGCGAAAAUGCGAUAUAAUUAAUAAAUAUAAUUCUAAUUUUUUAGAUAUUAAUUUUCUCAUAUUGAAGCGUAUGUAAUUAAUAUAUUGCUCUAUUACUUAUCUAUAUGCCUACACCUUAUAUGUAAUUUGACAGUUGUCGGAUUAUCUACUGCGCAUGAUCGUCAAUUCAUAGGUUCGCUUCGUCAUAAUUUUUGUGUAUUUCGAAAUAUUAGAAACAAAAACUGUUGUAACCGUUCUGUGACCGAGUGUACAGAAGAAAACCGAACAACUUCAAUGAAACAUCUUGAAGCCUCCGCCUUAUUCGCCAGAUAGAUAUCUUCAGACUAUAAUCUGUUCAGGAAUAUGAAGAAUGAACUUUUAAUGACUUUUAAGAACGAUGAAAAUAUCGACUGCAAACUAAAUGCCUAUUUUGAAUAAAAAUCGGAAGAUUGCCGUAUGUGGUUUUAGAAAUGGAGCAGUGUCGGCUUAGUGUUGGCAACCGGCUUCCGUAUUUCGGACCAAUAUUGGCAUAAUAUCCAAAUGAUAAGAAUGGCCCAACAUUACGUGCCAGUAUUGAUGUAACACCGACAUUAGUCCAACAUUGCGUUGCGGCCAAAAGUUGGCUAAUCGUGUUUGAGCUGAUAUCGCAUCGCGAUCGGAUAGUUGCUUUUCGCGGAUGGUAAUUUCAGUGUCUAAGCAAUGAUUGACUAAUUUGAUAGCUGAUAUCAAACCGUGAUAUCGCCAACGACAGCCCGAGAGUCGAUUAUCGAGUAAGAGUCGACAAAUUGUAUCUGAGUUGGUUUUUUCGCGGUUUUGAGAUGUUCAAGGAUCAACUUGAAAAUGUAAUUAAAAAUAAGGGAGAUUAUAUUUCGUAGAAAUAUAAUAAAAGGAAAAUUAAAACUUGGUUCAUUUAUUCUCUGUGCAAAACUUCUCAAACGCAUUAAAGGAUCACUAGUGACUAUUGACUGCUCCUCAGUGAUAAUGCACUGAUUGCGCUUUAGAGAGUAGAUUCCUUUUCCCUUUCUUUGGAUUUUCAUCAUUAGCUGAGAUAGGUCUUUAUCAUAAAACAAUUAAAUAAUACACCAUAAAGUUCAUAAAAGUCCACGGGUAAUUAUGGAAAAAGAGGUAGAUCGAAAGUGAUCCAUUCGCGGUUCUAGGAGGAAUCCAAAUUGCCGCGACUUUAACAUUAAUGUUAAUUAAAUCGAUAUUAUUUGUUUUGGCUUCCGAGUUGUCGCUAUGUCCUUCAUGGAUUUGUUCCCAACAUUUCGUGAAGAUUUCAAUUCACUUCUUUAGGGUUAGAUACGACCUGAAGAAGUGAACUGAAAUGUGAAGUGAAAUGUUCACGAAAUGUCGGAAACAAAUUCAUGAAGAACGCGACGGCGAAAGUCAAAACAAGUAUGUAUCCACACCACGGAAGCCUCAGGAAGGAUCAGAUUAAAUCGAUAUUAAUUAGGUAAAUUUGUUGAACAAUGAACUUUUAGGGCGCGGUAAAACACUAUAAAAGCUUUCUCGGCGAAAGAUUCGUCCGUGCCUUGCGGUAGGUCGAAAGCAGCUAGCGAACGUGAUCAGGAUUCGCGGCGCCUAUCACGAGCACGUAUAGAAUGCUGGAGUCGGGCGUAGCCGGUUGGACCGCCGCGUAACGUGGUCGAGAUGAAAAUGGAAGAAUGCAAUUUGCCAAUGUUUCCUCGUUAUUAUGCUCCUGAAUAGUGCUCGCGUGAAUGUGUGGGCGCGUCCCGCUGUUUUUCAACGACGGGCAAUUAACUCCGCAGAAAAUUAAGAAUCAGCAUGCGAAGGAAAUCGAUGUCUAGAAGAAAAAUCUCUCAGCUUCUAUUUUUUACUCUAGACGCUCUCUGACACGUUUCACUCGAGAGUAUAAAACUUUUCAACUUUAAGGAAAACUGAUCUUACGGGAGCGCUUAACGCUGUUCAAUUCGUAACAUUUUUAAAGCGCAAGAGCGCGCAGGUGUGCGUUCCCCCUUCUGUGAAUGAAGCUCCAUCAUAACGCUAUAUUACGAUAUCUUGUCUAUUACAACGGAAUCAAACGAAACACAAAUAAAAAGAGAAUUUAUCGACUAUCUCCUAGUUCGAGCGUUAGCUGUGUAAAUCGCAAACCCGGCUAAAAAAACCAAGUAACGCAGAUUCGUUCGCAAUUUGAGUGAAACUUUCCGGGGAAUGUUUGCGAGAAACUCGCGAAUCCGACACGAGGUGUUACGUAUGUUCUUUUUUCUUUUUUCGUAUAUCAUCGGAAAUUGUUACACGUGUUAUUAUUGUCAGUACAAUGAGUAAAGGCGAUGUAAUGCGCUUGUUGGCGCAGAGACGGGAUUGCUUCUCGUGUCAACUCGACGACGAAGGCACGUGGCUUCGCGGCAUUACUUAUUGCGCUGGGGAUAAUACAAAUAAAAACAAAUCAAAGCAAGCAUAAUUUGUGUUAUUGACACACGUAUCCGGUCAUCCCUGAUAAGAAGGACGUUUUCCCCAGAAUCUCUCGCGUGUUUUCGAACUGCGACGAACUUUUUUGGCCGGGCUCGGCUACGACGCAUUGAAACACAGAUUUUAUUGCGAUUAUCUCUUCGUACGUAUAGAUUCGUUGAUCGUGAUCCGGUUCUCUCGCCCAGAUCCGAGUAUCGUAAGCUUUAUCCCGGUAAUUUAACCGUCGUCGGUGCGCAGUGGUUCGAGAUCUAGUUGCGCGACACCGAGGAGUUUCCUUUCUUUCUCCCUUGCUCUCUCUCUCUUUAUCCCCUUCUCUUUCUCAGUAGAUGAGAUGUUAUUAAACCAAACAUAUAUAUUCGGCUUUUCUCUUAUAUCACUCGUAAUUAACCCCUAAGGUCACAACGAUGGAUUUUCACGGAUUUUUCGCCGUUAGAUUCACGAGAUCCUCCUUCUUUGACAUAAAUGGCAGCGACGUCGGAGCUUCUGUACCGACAAAUCCCGAUCGUGAGGCUUUUGUGGGAGGUAUUCGUUGAGCGAAUUACUUGAAAAGAGGAUAAUUUGCAAGCGCUAGACAAAAGAUUUAUUUCACACGUAAGAGGCCGUGCUUCGGUGGAGAUUCUUCAAACAACGAUUCUUCCGUUCGGAGUGGCAGCUCACGAUGAUUCCUCGUUACGACUUUAGGGUAGAGUAUCUGCAAUUGAAAUUGAUAAUUAAACCUUGUACUCGUCACAGCUCGUAUUCUUCUUCGGGCUUAGCUGUUUCUCGUCUAUUGUCUAACGAUGAAGAGACGAAUCUCGCGCCACUCCGCACUCGCGAACUCGAGCCAUAAUCGAGCAGUAUUAAAUUCCUCAAAAAUUACGACAUUCUAAACACGUGAAAGUCGCUUAAGAGGGAUAAAUGAGGAAUGAUCGUGCGCGAGGGAGCAAGAUCGUAGGGCCAAAAUGAGCGAGGCAUCGCUCGUCCGCAGGGACGACGCAGGGAAAUACUAAUUUGUCGUCGAGAUGAAAAGAACGCUGAGAGAGAGAGAGAGAGACGAUGACGACGACAACGAGGAAAUCAGAGACGCAAAAUGAAAUGCGAAAGGAGAUAAAUUGCGCGAACGGAGUUGGUCCCUGGCAGUUUCCCGGGCGGCCUCCAUUAUUAACGAUUAAUUACAUUUUUGUACCUAGCUGCUAGUUUUGUACUAGUUUUGUAACGUACCUCAUCACGGGCGUGCUGUUAUUACAUGUUUUAACAGAUUGUUCGCAAAAUGGAUUGCUUCGAUCGAUCGCGGGACGUACUACUACAUGUGACGUACCACUCGCGAUCGUCCUUGCAUCGCGAUCGACGGUCGUUUCGCGCGGUAUCGUACUUGUAUACUUGGUGUGGUAACUAUACAAGUGUCGCAUCACAGAGGCUAAUUUAAACAUCAUUGAUUUUAAACGCGUAGUCGCGCGGUCAGCCAAGUGGAUCUAUUCGAGGUAGACGGGGACGAGGCGUGUUUUUUGCUCCCGGCGGCAGGAACUGAUCCGCCAGGACCCUAAUCGUGAUUUGGAUGUGGAUCGCGUACGCGCGCAAUCUCGACGAUUGGGUUUACCACAUUUAGUAUACGGGACGGGAAGUGGCGUUUACGAGGAAUUACAUACAGGUCAGGAAUGCUUCGCGGUUUUGACCAGCGUAAAAUCAACACGGAAACACAUUGACGCAAGUUGCAGUUUUGCCAACCGUAUAGGACGAUUUACAGACAACGUCUUUUUUUAUCGAUCCGUUAAUUGCGAAGAGAGAUUGGCUUAGUUGUGUAUGAUUAUAUACAUGGUGGAAGGGGGACAAAUUUCGUAAGUUUUAGAGGUGUAAUCGUAUUCCAUGUGACAUUUGUUCCGCGUGUUCUCAUCAAUUUCUUGUGUUUCUGAAAACGUAAAAGUGAGUUCCGAGCGUAGCGAAAGUUACGUUGUCACGUGCAUCGUUGUUAUCACGCGACCUUAUAGUACACACGAUGUAGUUUGUGAACCGUUUUAUUUGGCCGCUGAAAUGUUAACUUGCGUGUAGGCAAUCAAAAUAGAUUUAAUUAGUAAGCGACACUUUUUAGGGCGGGCGCAUUGUUAAUGAAACACAGAAUCGGCGUUGAGUCGUUGACCGACUCCGAGGUAAAGCCACAAAAUAGAACAAAAAAUUAAAAAGAGGAAAUAAAAAAAAACGCUGAAUGUGUUAUCUCGAUGUGUAUUAAAAAAAAAAUUUUUUUGAAAUCUCGCGAGCAGCGGUGUGUAAAACAUUAGUGUAACACAUGCAUCCGUCUUAAAAAUACUAGUUUGUAAUAGAGGUAAAAGCGGAGGAAACGAGAGAGUCGCCGUAGAAGCAAUCCCGAUCGGAACGUAACGAUGAAUGUACUAGAUACGUCGCGACGUGAUAUGACUUCGAUGAUAAUGGUACAAUAUUAACGAUUAUUGUCCUAGAGAUUAUAGUCUAGCGAGAAGAUAUUCCAAUAAUAAACCGAGAGGACGUAGACGCCGCAUAUUUCACUCGAUA